CGUCACUCUCCCAGAAUGCAUGGCUUCCAGCGCGGCGCCCAGCAGUCCAGGCCCGGAGUCUAACAAACAUCUUUAAACUUGUUCCAAAAUGUCGAUAUGGAGACGAAAUGGAGGCCGGACCGAGGCUCAGUCGGUCUGUAAAGACGUCAAGCUGCCUCUGUGAUUCAGCCGCUGUGACCGGCGUUCGGGGCUGCUGAAUACUAAAAUAGACCGCGGGCCAACACAAGAGCUCUUCUCAGGAAACACAGGCCCAGUCAGAGCUUCCACUGCUCCUCAUCACCGCAGCCCUUUUGGGGUUGCUAUGGCAGCUGCUGUCACAGAAAGCAAGUGCUGGACACAGCAUGCCCCAGUAAGGCAGGACAGAGCACUAGUCAUUGCCACAAGAGACCAUCAAACAGUCAACAAGCGGCACUUAGCAGUAAUUCUAGCACUCCAAGUUAACAAAACGACCAGAGGUCUUGUAGGCUGAUGCUCAGCUCUCUGGAGGAUCCUCAUGAGUCUUGUCUGUGUGUUCUCCGGCUCUUGGCCAGAGUCCCUGUGCAGCAGCAGAGCCACUACUGUUUCUCCUGUUAGACCAUGUUUCACCAGCAGGACCAUCUAAAGAGCCAGCUGCAGGACAGCCCCCCCGCCAGCAGGCAGCUCUUCCACUGCCACGAGUGUGGAAAGCAGUACAACACCCAGCUGGGUUAUAGACGCCACCUGGUGGCAGCCCACAGUGCUGCAGCGGGCCUGCCCUGUCCAGAGGGGGCGCCGUCCCUGCUGGAGCACCUGAGCAGCCAUAUUGACAGGCCUCCGCCAUCCGAGGCCAACGCUAGCGCUACCGUGCCAGUGCGGGAGAGGAAGUACUCGUGCGAGCGAUGCGACCGCCGCUUUUACACUCGUAAGGAUGUACGGCGUCACGCCGUGGUGCACACUGGGCGCCGUGACUUCCUGUGCCCGCGCUGUGCACAGCGCUUUGGCCGCAGAGACCACCUGACCCGCCAUUUGAAGAAGAGCCAUGCCCAGGAGUCAAGGUUGAUGCCACCCUGUGCACCCAGCACUCCUGUGGCCACACCGAGCCCUGCCCCCCCCCAGGGCUCGGUGAAGGAGGAGCCCAGCCCCGUGGCCUGUGACAUGGGCUCCGUGUCCAAGGAGCCCAUGGAGACUUUCUCCAGGGACAUGUACAACUCCUACCCCAUGGCCAACGCUGUCCCUGGGAUGGGCCACCCUCAUGGCCUCAUGCAGGGCUCCUUGUCCUCGAGUAUGGGUGUGGCUCGCCACAUGCCCCCCCAAUCUUCUCAUCCCCACCACCAUCACCUGCAGCCCCCAGUGGCUCCACAGCAGCAGCCCUACAGCAACAUGGCCAGGUACCAACACGGAUCUACCUCAUAUCCUCGUGCCGACGUGGACAGUUUCCUGCUGGACCUGCAGAGUGCCCCCCCACCUCACCUGGGUGCAGUCAACUCCUCUACCUCUACUUCCGCCUCCCCUCAGAGGGAGGUGCCGGGUGAAGGCGUGUGUGCUGGCAGCGACCCCCACCUGCUGUCCAGGAGCCCCGCCAUCACCUCCACCGAGCUGUCCUGCACCACUAACAUGGACCUCGGGCCCCUGCUGGGCUUCUUGCCUUUCAGCCUGCCGCCCUACAGCCCCCACAUGGGGAUGGGAGGGUUGGUGAUGAGCUAUCCCCCCGCCACCACCACCACCUCCCCCUCAUCCUCUUCCACUGGGCUGUCCUCCCAGGCUCCGGGGCCUUUCACCUUCUUCCAGCCUCCCCAGGCUCAUGUACCACAGGGCCCUGGAGCCCAUAACCACAGCCAGCUACCUCAGGCAUACAGCAGUCCUGCUAUGAGCACUUCCAGCGCCCUACCUCACUACUACCAGGCCUUUCAGCAGUAAGCAGCUCUGGCUCCACAAAAGUUGCCUUCACACGUGCUCACGCUUUUUUCACGAAAAGGUUAAGACAUGAGAAUGGCAUCUUUUAUUGUAAAACAAAUAUGUGACUUUAGCCUGUCAGUGCUAAUGAAGCUAAUCUUAGUUUUUUUUUUUUUUUUGUUGAACACAACAAAUCACCUCAUCAGUAUUACCUCAUUAUUUAAAAAAGGAAGCUUGAACGUUUGAGGGAAUGUACACGGUCUCACUACAACCAAAUAGAAUACUGCUUCUUUUUGUCAGACCUGUUACCAACAGUAGAUGCACUUAACACACUCAUCACAGGGCUGCACAAUGCUGAGAGUCCUCCAGUUUUAGGUUUUCGUGGAAAAUGCUACUGUGUUAGGGAUGCCACCUUCUUUACUGAAGCCGACUGGAGAUUUUCUUAUUUUAGAAUACUGGAGCAUGAACAGCCUUAUGGAGUGAGGAAGGUUAGUGUAAAACGUCUCGGUUGGAGAGCGUGCAAAAAAAAUAAGAAGAUUGAGAAUUCAAACAGCAGACCUUCCGUCUGUAUAUGAUAUCUGGUGUUUAACUGGCGCUGUAACGGUAAACUAAACUCACGUUUCGGCGUGUACCUCGGAUUUGGGGUCAUCGUUGGUUUUUCGUUAGAACAAGAAAAAUAAGUUGCAGGGGAAAAAAAAAAUCAUUUUAUUUUGAAAAGUGUAAACAUUCAACAUUGGCCAUCGUUAAUAUAACAGUUAAGGCACUUAAAUACCGGCAUAUUGUCGACAAAAAACCCAAAAUCUUACACUGUCAGUAAUGCUCCAUCAUAAAGACUCAACUGAACUGGGCUGCAGCUUGCACUCGUACAUACAGAGUGUGCUCGCAUAUAUCUGCAGCGAUAUAGAGCAUUAGUUAUUACUUGGCCCGGUCCGAAUGUGCAGUGGGAGGAUGCAGAACACUACGGGGAGAAGGACUCGCCCCUCCCAGUCCGUUUUGAAUGAAAUAUUCCCCCUGACAGACCCGACUUUGACCCGACCAGUUUGAAACAAAUUGAGCUUGACUAACCCGGCUAACGGGUGUUAGGUGACCAGCACGUUACAACUACAGCUACAAUUAUAUUUUUAUUUCUGUAUCUUGCCAAACAAUUGGCCCACCCAAGACUUCAAGACACCGCUAUUUUUUUUGGGGGGAGGGGAAUUUAGGCCAUUUUUAGGCUAUUACAUAGACCAUCUGUAGACGGGGGAGAGAGAGAGGGGGAAUCACAAUUGAACCCGCUGCAGCAAGGUCUAAGCCUCUGUGUGUGGGGCGCACGCUACCCAGGCGCCCCGAGUCUCUGCUAUUCUGGUCUCGCAUGUGCAAAGUAGGCCUGCACGAUAAAUCGUUAAAAAAAUCGCGAUCUCGAUUCACCCCUGUUCGCGAAUCGUGCAGGCGUAGUGCAAAGCAUGAGGAAAAUAAACGGAACAAACAAACAAACGAAUAUCUAUAGAUCAUCUUGUUUUUAAGAGCUUUUUUUCCUCUCUUCCCCCAGUCCCUAGACAACUGGCUAAGUUCUAUGUUUCACACAACAACCACAACCGGUGCACUGCUAAAACGUUCCAGGUAAAACUUGCGCUGCAGAAUUUCUGUUUGUGUGCGCGUAGUGCUCAUAAAUACUAUUUCACCAUGUUUGGGUCACGGGGCGUACCGAACCAAUGUCGCGUACCGAUCCGAAUGUCCUGUACCGAAAGAAUACAUGUACCGUUACGGUCCUAUGUUUAACUCACUAUACAGUGCAGUAAAGAGCUUCCCAUCCGAUCAUCGAGCAGUACACCCACUGGUGUGUCCAAACGUAUCGGCAGAUGGUAAAAGGACCCUUGGUGAAGCAACCAAAUUUAUCAUCGAGCAUUUUUUCAAAUGUAACGCCUUUUUUCUAUGGAAUUCUGAAUUAGACCUUGUUAGAAUAAGUGUAAGGGCAGUCAAUAACUGUAAAGCUAGACUGCAUGCACUAUUAUUAGUUAACUGAACUAUUAGUAAGUCAAAUAUGCCACACAGUUUUGCUGGAGUUGAACUGCAAAACAUUUGAGUAAUGUUAUCUGAAAUUACAAAAAAAUGUAACUGAGCAGCUCUUCAAGCCACAAUUCCAAAUUGGAACCCCAGAGAAUUUUUAGAUGUGGUUUUCUAGGGUCAUUAUCAGCAUGGGGACACUCUAAUGCUGCUUAUUUGGCAAUAUUACCUAGCAUCGCUGGAUUAAAAUGCACUUGCGUUUAAUUUUCAUCUUUGUAGGCCCCCCCCUUUUUUUAACACUAGAACCGCCAGACUAUAGAGUUACUAUAUCGCCCAACAGCAUCUGUAUCCUUCCCUGAUGGGCCUUAACGCAUCAUCUCUCUCCAUCUCUAUAAGAGCUGCAUUAAGCUCUAUAGCAACAGGAACGCACACACACAGCCCCCCCCCACACACACCAUACACAGCCAGAUGGUCCAUCUAACGGCAUGAACCUGCACAAAACUGGAGUACUCUUAGCAGUGUACAAGGUGCUAUUUCAUCUAUUUUUCUAAAUAUCACACUGCCACCCGGUGCAGGAACAGCCCGGUCAUUUGCCCCGUUUGGCGUUCAGUCUACGGUCAACACAAAGUCUCGGAGCGUUCCGGGAGUAACUCCUGCACAACGUGACAUCAUGACUUGGCGUAAACAGACACCACUUUCUAAAGCCAAGUGGCGUGUUAUCUGUUAUCUUGUUAUUUUGACAAAAACGGGACGGUUGGGUUUAGGCAACGUGACACGUGGGACACGAUCCCCGGUCUCCUGGGUGAAAGUCCUGUGUUGUUGUUUUUUUUUAUUCUGGUGCCGAGAAGACGUGUGUUUUUCGGUUUCAAUAGUCAACACACAACCUGCCAUCUGAUCGCACACAUCCACACCGACCUAUUAAAAGAAUGCAAUUUAGAAGCUCCAAGUGUUUUAAGUCACAUAAUUAACAUUCCAGAUAUUAUUUUAGCGUAGACACGGGACUCACAGAAUAGGUAUUUAGGAAAAUUCAGGGCAGGAGGGAAACAUGGCAAUGACAGUGACCAAAUAAUUCAAUUUUUUUUUAUCAUAAUGUUAAAUGGCGUGGGCUCUGGUGGUUCUAGUGUUAAAACCUUCAAAAAUGUUCUGACCUUGUUGGCCAGAACAUUUCAGAACAGAAUAAUUCCCGUUCAGACAGAGGAGUGUUGCUUAGAAAGAAAUAUACUGUAUUAACCGUAUUAUUUCAAUAGCCGAUCUGUGCCGAGUCUCAACAACCAAACUUUUUAACCGCACCCCCUCCUCAGUUCCGUGUUUUCCACGGUGGAAGGUGGCAACCCUAGCUACGUGGUGGGACCUGGAGCACUUAGGAACAGCAUUGCAAUCAGGCAAAAGGAAGGGUCAACCCGUUUUUUAUUUAAUUUUUUUAUUUUCAAACUGGACCACUGGAUCUCAGCCAGGUUGUCAUUGUGGAGCUGCUUCCUGUGAAAUUCUAACUUGAUUCCUGAAUAGAAUGCAGUAUAAAUUCUAUAAAAAAAAAGCCUUGUACCCAUUUCCUAGCUUUUACCACGUCUGUUGACAGCCAUCCCUCCACGCGGCUGUGGGCUUGGGUUUCAAGAGUAUCUGAUGUAAUUAGGACUAACCGGUGACUCCCCCCUCCCUCCCUCCCUCCCUUGUCCCGGCCUCCUCUUUGCUGCAGCGGCUCAGGAAAGCCAGAGGCGGGACCCAGUUGAGGAGGUUCCUUUUCAACCGAGUCCCAGUGCAGCACGGCAAGGAUAAUUGAUGCUCCACUCGUGUUUCCGAGUGGUUGAUGUGAUUACUGGAAAGAAGAUCUUUUAGAGAGAGAAAUAUUCAGAUGAUGCUCUCCCUUUCUGCCUUACUUCCAUGAACUGUAUGUUGAAGGACUUCUCACACUAGCAUUGUAACCAGCCUCCAACCAGUGUUGCACCAAUGUCUUAAAAUACUACUGUUGUGCCUCUCUUAAGAGUGUCUUCUCUCCUGACUGGGUUUAAGCACUUACCACAUUUCUAAAUAAGGAUGAAUUUGAUCUGUACCUCAAAACACGCAGAACAGUGGGUUUCUGUUUUUUAAUUUGUAUUUGCUUCUAGGUUUUUUUUUCUUUCUUUUUUUUUUUUGGGCUCUUGUGCCUUUUAGAUUUAAACUAUAAAGGUAGAUUUUAUGAAUUCUAAACUCUUUAUCUAGCAAACAGACAUUGACACUAUAAUUUGGUCAUAUUUUCUACCUCUACCUUGGCGUAUAUCUUUCUGCAAAAAAAAAAAAAAAAAA